AAAUCUGCCUCGAAACCGACUGAUCCGUUCCCAGAAAGGGGACAAAUAUUCAAGACCGCUUUAACGUCCUUCCAGUGGACACCUAGCCCAGUCUCGACGGCGUCCGCGGGUGGCGGUUUUGCCAAGUGUCGUCACAUUGAAAAAUGACUGAUGGAAGAGACCGGGUAGUUGCUCUAGUGGACAUGGACUGUUUUUUCGUUCAAGUGGAACAGCGGCAAAAUCCUUAUUUGAGGAAUAAACCUUGUGCAGUUGUACAGUACGCAUCAUGGAAGGGUGGUGGAAUAGUUGCAGUAAGUUAUGAAGCUCGUGCAUUUGGGGUCACUAGAAACAUGUGGGCAGAUGAUGCUAAGAAGUUAUGUCCAGAUCUUCUACUGGCACAAAUUCGUGAGCUCCAUGGAAAAGCUAACCUCACCAAGUACCGGGAAGCCAGUAUGGAAGUGAUGGAGGUAAUGUCUCGUUUUGCUGUAAUGGAACGUGGCAGCAUUGAUGAGGCUUAUCUAGACCUGACCAGUGCUGUGCAAGAGAGACUACAAAAGCUCCAAAAUCAGCCUAUCUCAGCAGACUUGUUGCCAACCACCUGCAUUGAAGGGUUUCCCCAAGGGCCUACAACAACAGAAGGGACUGUUGAGAAAGAGGAAAGGCGAAAACAAGGCUUAUUGCAAUGGCUUGAUUCUCUUCAGACUGAAAGCACCAGCUCUCCAGACCUACAGCUCACUAUGGGAGCAGUGAUUGUGGAAGAAAUGCGAGUAGCCAUCGAGAGGCAGACCGGUUUUCAGUGUUCUGCUGGGAUUUCACACAAUAAGGUUCUGGCAAAACUGGCCUGUGGAUUAAACAAGCCCAACCGGCAGACCCUGGUCUCACACGGGUCAGUCCCACAACUCUUCAACCAAGUGCCUAUUAGCAAAAUCCGUAAUCUUGGAGGAAAACUAGGGGCCUCUGUCAUUGAAAUCCUGGGAGUAGAAUACAUGGGAGAGCUGACCCAGUUCUCUGAAUCCCAGCUCCAGAGUCAUUUUGGGGAGAGGAAUGGAUCUUGGCUAUAUGCCAUGUGCCGGGGGAUUGAACAUGAUCCAGUUAAACCCAGGCCAAUAACCAAAACCCUUGGCUGCGGCAAGAACUUCCCAGGAAAAACAGCUCUGUCUACUCGGGAUCAGGUGCAAUGGUGGCUUUUGCAAUUAGCCCAGGAACUAGAGGAGAGACUCAUCAAGGACCGAAAUGCUAACGACAGGGUGGCCACUCAGCUGGUAGUGAGCAUGCGCAUACAAGGAGACAGGCGUCUGAGCAGCUUGCGACGCUGUUGUGCGCUCACCCACUAUGAUGCUCACAAGAUGAGCCAUGAUGCAUUUGCUACCAUCAGGAACUGUAACACUUCAGGAACCCAGACUGGAUGGUCCCCUCCCCUUAUAAUGCUUUUCCUCUGUGCUACCAAAUUCUGUUCCUCUACCCCUUCAUCUGGCCCAGACAUCACCACCUUCUUGAGCAGUGACCCAAGUUCUCUGCCAAAAGUGCCAAUCACCAGUUCAGAAGCCAAGACCCAGGGAAGUGGCCCAGCGGUAACAACCCCUAAGAAAGCAACUACUACUCUGGAAUCCUUCUUCCAGAAAGCUGCAGAAAAGCAGAAAGUCAAAGAAGCUUCACUUUCUUCUCCUACUGCCACUACACAGGCCCCCAUGAGCCCAUCAUCCAAGCCCUCAUUACCUUUUCAAAGCAGUCAUACUAUGGGAACCGAGCCCUUCUUUAAGCAGAAAAGUCUGCUUCUAAAGCAGAAGCAGCUCACUAAUCCUUCAGUUUUCUUCCCUUCACAGAAGCCACAGUCCAGUCCUAAAGAGUUACCAAACUAUUUUCCAACAGAGAAUCCAGAUUGUGCCCCUGACUGUGAAAAGAUGUUGAAGCUAGGAUCCCCCAAAACAACUCCCACAGAGAUGGAUUUGGCCCAGAACAGCCUCAGCAGCCUUGCUUCUUUAACUUCCACAUCUGCUCUGGAGGUGGCUCGGAAGGCAACUAUGACCUCCAGUUUUCUGGCUGCUGAGGACCAAGUGCCCUGCGAGAAGUGUGGCUCUCUGGUACCUGUGUGGGACAUGCCAGAACACUCAGACUAUCACUUUGCAUUGGAGUUACAGAACUCCUUUUUGCAGCCCCACUCCUCAAACCCGCAGGUUGUUCCUGCCAGUUCUCCUCAAAGCAAAAGAAAUCCCAAGAGCCCUCUGGCCUCAAAUAAUAAACGGCCCAGGCCUGAGGGCAUGCAGACACUGGAAUCAUUUUUUAAGCCAUUAACACACUAGUGCUGCCCUCAGGCUUGCUGCAGGGUGGUAAUAUUUUAUCUGGAACCUGGGAGGUGGGAAUAAGUUCACUUCUCAAGGAGACUUAUAACUUCAUGAAAUUUUUAAUAAGAAAAAUAAUCCAGAUCUUGAGUUAAGGCUCCCAUCUCUUUGUAGGCAUGGAUUCAAAUCCUAUUGGUGAUAAGGAUGUAAAAACUCAUUUUUCAGAUCAUAUCUGUUUUUUUAAUUGUUAGUCUUUCACUUUUCACUUUCAUGCAUUGGAGAAGGAAAUGGCAACCCACUCCAGUGUACCUGCCUGGAGAAUCCCAGGGAUGGGGGAGCCUGAUGGGCUGCCAUCUAUGGGGUUUCACCGAGUCGGACAUGACUGAAGCAACGCAGCAGCAGCAGGGAAGCAGUGUCAGUUUAGAAUGCCUGAGCCUUGGAGCCUAAGAGAUCUGGUUCCAAACCUGGCUUUGCCUCUUAGAAUAUGUCCUCAACCAAGUUACCUUGUCCAGGACCUUGUUACUCCCAGUGCGAUUUUGAGGAUCAGCAGCAACACAAGGGAAUAUGUUCUCCAGCCUCAUCCCCACCCCUGCUGAAUCUGUGUAUUAAUGAACUUGAGAAAUGAAUUUGAUCUAGAAAAUAAUAACUGUCCUCUGGGCAAUGUCAUUUCCUUAGACCCUAAAUACACAUUUAAAAGGGAAGUGCUUGGGCCUUCAGGGUCACUGCCCUGUUUAGCUCUUUCCUAUCGAAGUGUGAAUAUUUAUUUAGCCUAGGGUUUUAAAUGAAUUAUUGUAGCUUUUUGCACUUGUCUGUUUAUAUUACUGUAUACUUACUCUGCCUAUGUGUGUGGCUGUCAGCUGUGGCUUUUCUGAUGUGGGACAUGUUGAUUACACAGAGAAGCCAACCAAAGGUGAACUGAGUGAUGGGGGCAUAAGGUACAUGUACUCAAACCAGUACUUUUAGGCUUAUUUUAGCUUAUUUAUAAAUUGGGGACCUAUAGUUUGAAGGGGGAACAUUUGAAAACCACUGUGUCUAGCAAAUUAGUUCUUCCUCCAAAAAUACUUUCCACUUUUGUGUUAAGUAUCUAAUAAAAGACAGUACUUACCAUG